ACAUACUUUUUUUUCUGUGAAGAAAAAUAAUUUAGUAACCUGCGUAAAAUGCACGUUGCUCGCAAGAAAGUGAAAAAGGAGAAAGCUCCUCGCUCUAUUUAGGGUUUCAAUUCCCAAAUUCAAACCCUCUCAACACCAACCGAUUCAAAUCGAUUCAGAAUCCCAAUUCCAAAACUUCUCAAAAACCGUUCUCUAGAAAAUAUUCAAAACCAUAGCUAGAACCAAAAAUGGUGACGGCAAAUCAAGAAAUGGUUGUUUACUGCUUCGACACCCUCGUUGCUCACUACAAUGGUGACCAACCUCCUCCUCCUUCCUUCGAGGACGGUCAACACCCUUUGUUCGUUACAUGGAAGAAAGUGGUAAAUGGUGGAGAGCCUCGUCUUCGUGGAUGCAUUGGUUCUCUAGAAGCACGUGGUUUGGUCAAAGGCUUCAGAGAUUAUGCGCUAACUAGCGCACUUAGGGACCGCAGGUUUCCACCUAUAGAGGCUAGGGAGCUUCCUCUUCUGGAGUGCACUGUCUCUAUUCUUACUAACUAUGAAACUGCUAAUGAUUACCUUGAUUGGGAGGUAGGCAAACAUGGUAUAAUUAUUGAAUUUUCUGACCCUGACUAUAACACCAGGCGAAGUGCUACAUACCUGCCUGAAGUGGCUGCCCAUGAAGGUUGGACUGUAAUAGAGGCCAUUGAUUCUUUGAUACGUAAAGCAGGUUGCAACAGUAGAAUCACGGAGUCACUCAGGAAGAGCAUACAUCUAACCAGAUACCAAAGCACCUUAUUUACUAUGCACUUUGGUGAAUAUGUUUCCUAUGUGAAACAGACAAGAGGUGAAGCUCCAUCCAUUGUUGGAGUAAAGUUGCCUAGCUAGUUAUUUUUCCAGACAGUUUUUAAUGCUUGCAUAGGUUUGAUUGUAAAAGAAGGAAUACAGUUUCCAAAAGAAAAAAAACUGCAAAUUUGUUUUUCUUAACUAAACCACUGUUACUAAUGCCAGCUCUUUACUUUCUUCAAAUUCAUUUGAUUUUGAAGAAAUUGAUUAUACAUACUGAACUCUGAUUCUGUGAACAUACUUGCUGUAUCAAUCAAUUCAGUAGCUUGGGAAAGCUGCAAUGUUGUUGGAC